AUGAACAACUACCCGGCAGACCCUCUGAAAACCCUCAUAGACUCAGGAGCCACAUCGAACUUCAUCUCUCCCGCGAUUGUGGAAAAAUAUAAAAUCCCAAAAACCCAACUCAAAAAUCCACGAGUUGUGAGAAUGUUAGAUGGUACUAUCUCCCAGACUGGUCGCAUUUGGCACCAGGUACAACUCGCGGUCUCGGCCAAUGGCCACCACCACACUAUCCCAUUUCUUGUUUGCCCCAUUGGCAACACCCCAGCAAUCUUAGGCAUGACAUGGUUAACGGCAGAAGCUCCUCUUAUUGAUUGGCAACAGGGACUAGUCACCUUCCCCAAACAAAUUCAGAUUGCCUCCGAGGAAGAAGCAGACUCAGACCCAUUAGCAGACCUUCCCCCUCAGUACCACGAGUUUGCUAAAGUCUUUGGUGAGGAAGAAUUUAAGGUCCUCCCUCCACAUAGGGAGUACAACAUCUCUAUAGACCUUGUUCCAAAUGCCAAACUGAUCCCUGGCCCUAUAUACGGCAUGACUGAUGCGGAAUCCAAAGCGCUCAAACAACACAUUGACGAGGAGCUAGCCACAGGCAAGAUCCGCCCCAGUACUUCCUCAACAGGUGCCCCGGUCAUGUUUGUGAAAAAAGCAGAUGGAUCUCUUAGGCUGGUUGUGGAUUACCGAAAACUCAAUGAGGUAACCCACAAAAACGUAUAUCCGCUCCCAAGACAGGAUGACCUCAUGGCAAAGUUAAGACAUGCCAAGAUAUUCACAAAACUCGACUUACGCUGGGGUUACAAUAAUGUCAGGAUCAAGGAAGGGGAUGAAUGGAAGACGGCGUUCAGGACUAAAUACGGGCUGUUCAAGUACCUGGUCAUGCCUUUUGGCCUCACCAACGCCCCAGCCGCCUUCCAGCACUUUAUGAACGAUCUAUUCAGGGACCUGAUUGACGUAACCGUGGUUAUCUACCUAGACGACAUCCUCAUCUUCUCUGAAAAACCAGAAGACCACCCAACUCAUUGCCAUUUUCACGUCAACACGGUGGAUUACUUGGGUAUUGUCAUAUCACCUGCCGGCUUCUCCAUGGACCAGAAAAAAAUUGAGGCAGUUACGUCAUGGCCACAACCCAAGACAGUUAAACAGGUUCAGGCUUUCCUAGGGUUCGUAAAUUACCUCCGCCGGUUCAUCCCCAACUUUAGCUCUGUUGCGCGCCCCCUGCAUAACCUCACCAAAAAGGAAACCCCUUGGUCAUGGGGUAACCCAGAAGAAACCGCAUUUCAGGAACUGAAGCUUCUUGUCACCCAAUCCCCAGUCCUCGUCCAUUCCAACCCGGACCUACCCUAUUACCUUGAAACAGACGCAUCAGGGGUAGCAAUGGGAGCCAUACUCAGUCAACAAGGUCUAGACAACCGGCUUCACCCAGUGGCAUACAUGUCCAAGUCCUUCUCCGGCGCUGAGGCUAAUUAUGACACACACAAUAAAGAAUUAUUAGCAAUCAUUAAAGCACUGGAGGAAUGGCAAAUCUUCUUAGAAGCAACGGAUAGACCCAUUCAGGUGUUCACUGACCAUCGGAACCUGGAAUACUGGAUGCAGGCACAAACCUUCAAUUGUAGACACGCCCGGUGGCGCAUCUUCCUGAGCGAUUUCAAUUUUGAGAUCCAUUAUUGCCCGGGAAAACAGUCAGGAAAACCAGAUGCCCUAUCCAGAAGAUUGGACUACACGGAUGAGCCAAGAGAACCAGAGGUUAUGCUCCCAGCAGAAGUGUUUGCAAAUACGUUGGAAGAGGAACUUGAUAUUGUCACAGAAAUACGUUCCAAGUUAAGGGAAGACCCUUCCCUGGACCAGAUCAUCCAAUUCCUGACAGAAGAUGCAGAUAAUGCGCCUCCCUCCAUCCAAAAGGCCUAUUGGGAUUAUGACUGGGAAGAAGACCUCUUAUGGUAUCGCGGAAAAUUGGUAGUGCCGGACUCUGAACCUCUGAAGGAUUGGUUACUUAAGGAAUUCCAUGACUCCCCGCUGGCGGGCCAUCCAGGGCAACAAAGAACCUUGGAACUCCUCAGCAUGAAGUCAUCAGCCAAAGAAUGGGUAGAAUGUUGCCCCACCUGCCAAGCCAAUCGACGCGCUCACAACCCAGUCAUAGCCUUGAAACCCCUAGAAGUCCCUCCCUUUCCAUUCCAUACCAUCUCCUACGACUUUAUCACAGGCUUCCCCAAGUCAGAAGGAUAUGACGCAAUACUGGUGGUCAUAGAUUCAUUUUCCAAAUUUGGCCACUUCAUUCCAACCUCAAAAAAGGUGUUGGCUAAAGGACUGGCUAAUCUCUUUGUCACCCAUAUUUGGAAACUCCACGGACUCCCUGUCAGAACCAUAUCAGACCGAGGGACAAUGUUUACUGGGAAAUUCCUCAGAGCCCUGUAUCAAAGGCUGGGGAUCAAACCAUCCUUCUCCUCAGCUUAUCACCCAGAAUCAGACGGACAGACCGAGCGCGUCAACCAGUUCAUUGAGUUCUACCUGAGAUCUUAUGUAGCAGCAGAUCACUCGGAUUGGGUAAAAUGGUUGCCACUUGCGGAAUACGCAUACAACAAUGCAAAACAUGCUGCAACCGGAAAAACCCCCUUCAAACUGGUUUAUGGAAGGAAUCCCAUAAUGAACCCAUCAACCGUGCCAGCCAACGUACCGGAGGCAGACCUUGUAGCAGACACCCUGGCCCAGGAAUGGCAGGAAGCAGAGUCAGCACUCAGAAUGACCAAAGAACGCAUGGCAAGACCAAAAGGGAUAAUACCGGAAUACUCCGUGGGCGAAAAAGUGUGGCUUGAUGGAAAGAACGUGGUACUUAGGACAAACUCUAACAAACUGGAUCCCAAGCGACUAGGACUGUUCAAAGUCACAGAGAAAAUAUCAAGCCACGCCUACCGCCUGAGGCUCCCAGACACCCUGAAAAUCCACGACGUAUUCUAUGUAGGGUUGCUGUCCAAAGCACACAAAUCCCCCAGCCAGCCAUUUCCCAAAAAACCCCCUCCAGAAACCAUAGAAGGGGAAGAGGAGUACGAGGUUGAACAAAUCAUCGAUUCCAAGCGACAGCAGGGAAAAUGGUUUUACCUAAUUAAAUGGAAGGGAUAUGGACCGGAAGACAAUUCCUGGGAACCGGAAGAACUCCUAGAACAUAGCCAAGAGGAGAUUCAACGCUUCAACAAGUCACAACUGAAAAAGGCUUGUGACUCCGCCAAGAGCCUUUAA